UUAUAACUUGUUCUAAUAAAGAGGCUUUCUCUGCAUCUCUCUUUCUUUUUUCACCUCUCUCUAACUCUCUGUCUCCAUUUGUGAAUCUCAUUCUCUGUUGAGCUGAGUUCACUAAAAUCACAAAUGGUGUGGACAAAGGCUAAGGUUAAUCUAGCUUUGUCUCUGGUCAUAAUUUUCCUCGGCAUCUCUGUUGCUGAUCUCAAAGUCGGGUUUUACUCCAAUACAUGCCCUCAAGCCGAGUCAAUCGUCAAAAGAGUUGUCUCGGGAGCUUCUCUUUCCGACCCAAACCUCCCAGCCAUACUUCUCCGCCUCCAUUUUCACGAUUGCUUUGUCGAGGGAUGUGACGGCUCGAUCCUCGUGGACAACGGAGCAAUCUCUGAGAAGUUUGCGUUCGGGCAUGAAGGCGUUAGAGGAUUUGAGAUAAUAGAAGCUGUCAAGGCGGAGGUUGAAGCUGCAUGUCCUGGUGUUGUCUCGUGCGCAGACAUUGUUGCCUUGGCUGCACGUGAUGCAAUAUCUUUGGCGAAUGGACCGGCGUAUGAGGUGCCAACCGGGCGGAGAGACGGUCGGGUUUCGAACUUGUCGCUGGCUAAGGACAUGCCGGAUGUUAGUGACUCGAUAGAGAUACUUAAAGAUAAGUUCAUGCAGAAGGGACUUCACGCUAAAGAACUCGUUCUUCUCAGUGCUGCUCACACUAUCGGCACAACGGCCUGCUUCUUCAUGACCAAACGUCUCUACAGUUUCUUACCCGGUGGCCAGCCUGACCCGACCAUCAAUCCAGUAUUUUUACCCGAACUAACCACUCAGUGCCCACAAAAUGGUGACGUAAACACCCGGAUACCAAUGGACCGGUCCAGUGAGCGGGUAUUCGACAAGCAGAUUCUACAAAAUAUAAAGGAUGGUUUUGCGGUGCUUCAGACCGACGCUGGUCUCUACGAGGAUGAAGCAACCCGCCGGAUCGUUAAUUCCUAUGUUGGGUUGCUAAAUCCGCUCUUUGGCCCAUCGUUCGAAUCAGAUUUCGUCAAGGCGAUGGUGAAGAUGGGGAAGAUUAAUGUGAAGACUGGUUCUAAUGGGGAGAUUCGACGGGUUUGCUCGGCUUUCAAUUGAGACAGUAAGAUUUUAAGUGGUUAAUUUCUUAGAAAAAAUUGUAAUAUAUAUAGUAUGUCUUCCAUACUAUCUAUAUAUUAAUUCUCUUCUACGCGUAAUGAGGUUAGAAAACUGGUUCAUUUGUAAAAAAAAAAAAUGUUUUGAUCUUCGAUUCAAAAGUAUGUCUAAAGUUUGGAUUAUUAA